AUGAACUAUGGAGCUGGACCAUCACACCUACCAUCUUAUUCUUCUUCUUCUUCUGAUGACGAAACAUUUUCUCAUUACGUUGAACAAUGGGAGGAGGAUAUGAAACAAUGGGAGGAGGAGGAUGAAAUCUUAGCUCGUCUAUAUGUCGCUAACAAUAAAAUAAUGGCUUAUUUCGCUAAAGAGGAAGAGAGGCCAAAACGUAUCGGCUCAGUUCCUGGUCAUUUGGUAAUCAACCGUGGGAGGGAAGAAGGUAAUUCUCGACUCUACAAUGACUAUUUUUCUGAUAAUCCCACAUACGGUGCAAAUUUAUUCCGUAGAAGAUUCCGAAUGCAAAGGAGCCUUUUCCUUCGUAUCGUCGAUGCUGUACGAGAGCACGAUAACUAUUUCGUACAGAAGGUGGAUGGUGUCGGUCGGCUUGGACUAUCUACUUUACAAAAAGUAACAGCAGCAUUUCGCAUGUUGGCAUAUGGUGCACCAGCAGAUAGUACCGACGAAUAUGUAAGGAUUGGUGAGUCAACUGUUAUUGAAUGUUUGAAGAGAUUUUGCAGAGCAAUUGUAGAAGUGUAUGGAGAUGAAUAUCUUAGAUCCCCCAAUACCGACGAUGUUGCAAGACUGUUACAAAAAGGCGAAGAGCGAGGUUUCCCAGGAAUGUUGGGAAGUCUAGACUGUAUGCAUUGGGAAUGGAAAAACUGUCCAACAGCAUGGGCGGGACAAUACUCAGGACGUCACGGAGGCCCAACCAUUAUUCUUGAGGCAGUAGCAUCGUCUGACCUAUGGAUAUGGCAUGCAUUCUUUGGUUUGCCAGGUUCUAAUAAUGAUAUUAAUGUAUUACAAGCAUCUAAUUUGUUUGACAACCUAACGCAAGGUAUUACUCCUCCUGCUCAUUAUACAAUUCAAGGAAAGAAUUAUGAUGUCGGUUAUUAUUUAGCCGAUGGCAUAUACCCAAAAUGGCCAACCCUUGUUCAAACCAUUUCCAAAUCCGAAGAUAAAAAGAAACAAUAUUUUGCAAUGAUGCAAGAAGCUUGUCGAAAAGAUGUGGAGCGAGCGUUUGGUGUUCUCCAGUCAAGAUUUGCUAUAAUCAAGGGCCCUGCACGGUUUUGGGAUAAACGAACUUUGCAUGAUAUCAUGACCACUUGCAUAAUAAUGCACAACAUGAUUAUUGAGGAUGAACGUGAUGAGCAAGAAGAUAUUAUCGUUUCUACUCCACCAUCAAUUUCAAAUGUUGAAGACAUAGGGACGAACGAUGCCGAACGGUUCCGACAAUUCCUGACCCGACAUAAGAAAUUCAAAGACAAAGAAGCACACUUCGCACUUCGAAAUGCAUUAAUUGAACAUUUGUGGGAGAGACACGGCAAUGAAGUAAUGUAA